ACUGGCGGGCCCCGGGCACCUGUUUCGAUUUUCAUUUUCACCUCAUAAUAUAUACGAAGCUUCCCCAUCCUCAACUUGCGCCACGAAACGCAACCGCGCCUACGCCAACGGCCACUAAAACUGCUCGUUAAAAGAAUCCCGUGGUUUCUCAAUCAUACGAUGCUCCGAUAGUGCGGGAAUGGAGAUAACCUACGCAUCCUCGAGUGCCAGUGCGGGAAUGGAUAUAACCUACGCAUCCCCGAGUGCCGGCGACUUAUUGCGCUCUUCGACCGCCGCUUCCGGAUCCACUAUGCCGACUCCUCGGACCAUUAAAAUCAUCCCUCUACAGCAUCCCGACACGUCGUCCUACGGCACCCCCGGUGGCUUCGGUAACAAUUAUUCUUCGUCUUCGUUGUGGCCUAAUUCCUGGAUUUCUCGGUACCGGGGGAAGAUCAAAAGGAUGACGUUUAUUGAUUGGAUCGAGAUGUUCCUCCCUUGUUGCCGUUGGAUUCGGACGUACAGAUGGCGGGAGUAUUUUCAGGUUGAUCUCAUGGCGGGUACUACCGUUGGUAUCAUGCUUGUUCCUCAGGCAAUGUCAUAUGCAAAAUUAGCUGGGCUUGAACCAAUAUAUGGGCUCUACUCUGGAUUUGUGCCAAUAUUUAUCUAUGCCAUAUUUGGGUCAUCUCGGCAGCUGGCAAUUGGUCCAGUUGCAUUGGUUUCCCUCCUGGUCUCCAACGUGUUAAGUGGAAUUGCCGAGUCAUCAGAUGCAUUAUACACAGAACUUGCUAUAUUGUUGGCACUGAUGGUUGGGAUCCUGGAAUGCAUAAUGGGGCUAUUGAGGCUUGGAUGGCUCAUUCGUUUCAUUAGUCAUUCUGUGAUUUCUGGCUUCACUACGGCUUCAGCUGUUGUGAUUGCUUUAUCUCAAGCAAAAUACUUCUUGGGGUAUGACAUUGAUCGAAGCAGCAAGAUUGUGCCAGUAAUUAAGAGCAUAAUAGCUGGAUCAGAUGAGUUCUCAUGGCCCCCUUUUGUAAUGGGAUCUACAAUUCUUGCUAUAAUUCAGACUAUGAAGUUUCUGGGAAAAUCAAGGAAGCACUUGAGGUUCUUGCGAGCAAUGGGUCCCCUGACAGCAGUUGUUCUGGGUACAACUUUUGUCAAGAUAUAUCAUCCAUCAUCUAUAACUUUGGUUGGAGAUAUACCUCAGGGCCUUCCCAGCUUUUCUAUUCCUAAAAGUUUUCAGUAUGCAAAGUCUUUAAUUUCCACGGCAGUUCUCAUUACUGGUGUUGCCAUCUUGGAAUCUGUUGGGAUUGCCAAAGCAUUAGCAGCAAAAAAUGGGUAUGAGCUGGAUUCAAAUCAAGAGUUGUUUGGUCUUGGUGUUGCCAAUAUCUUUGGGUCAUUCUUUUCAGCAUACCCCACAACAGGUUCCUUCUCCAGGUCAGCUGUGAAUCAUGAGAGUGGUGCAAAAACUGGUUUAUCUGGAAUAAUAUCAGGAACCAUAAUGUGUUGUGCUCUUUUGUUCUUGACUCCAUUAUUUGAAUACAUACCACAGUGUGCUUUGGCUGCUAUAGUAAUCUCUGCUGUUAUAACCCUGGUGGAUUAUGAAGAGGCAAUAUUCUUAUGGCGUGUAGAUAAGAAAGAUUUUCUUCUUUGGACCAUUACAACUACUACAACACUGUUUCUCGGAAUCGAGAUUGGUGUCCUUGUUGGGGUAGGCGUCUCACUUGCCUUCGUCAUUCACGAAUCAGCGAAUCCGCAUAUUGCUGUCUUGGGGCGUCUUCCUGGCACCACUGUUUAUAGGAACAUUCAGCAGUAUCCAGAAGCAUAUACUUACAAUGGAAUUGUGAUUGUUCGCAUCGAUGCUCCUAUCUACUUUGCGAACAUAAGUUACAUCAAAGACAGGUUACGAGAAUAUGAAGUUGUGGGUGAUAAAUCGACCAAACGUGGACCAGAAGUUGAACGAAUUUAUUUUGUAAUUUUGGAGUUGGCACCUGUAACAUACAUAGACGCUAGUGCUGUCCAAGCUCUGAAAGACUUGCACCAGGAGUACAAAUCACGGGACAUCCAGAUAGCCAUCUCAAACCCAAACCAGGAGGUUCUGUUGACCUUAUCGAAAGCCGGUGUCGUUGAGAUGAUUGGUAAGGAAUGGUACUUUGUAAGAGUGCAUGAUGCAGUCCAAGUUUGCCUCCAGCAUGUUCAGACCAUGUCUCCGAAAGCAUCAGAUCCUUCACAUGAAAAAUCAAGUUUCUUUCAGAGAAUAAUGAAACAGCGAAGGGAGGAUAUAUCAGUUUCUGAGCUAGAAUCGGGUAAUAGUCAAAUGCGUUCGGAUUCAACACAGGAUGACCCUCAAUUGGAGCCAUUGUUGUCUCGACGGUCUUGAAACUUGCUUGCAUCCGAAGCAAACGUUUUGGAUAAUGCCAUUUUUUUAACAAGGUGUUUCCGAUAUCCGAUAUGUUGUUCAAUUGUUUACAAUUUAGUUAAAAGAUUAGGACCAAGAACUCCGAUUCUUGUAUGUAUUGUUUGGAACAUUAUUGUACUACUACUAGUAGUUUAACUUAUUUAGUAGCUGUAUAAAGCUGCUUCUUGUACAAAUUUUGAUUCAAUCUACUCAUUUCAUUUCUUA